AUGGUUCCGACGGCAGAUUUCUGGGAAGUUUUUAUGUUGUUUGUAUCUUUUGCACUACUCAUCUGUGCAUUUCAGCUGGAAGAUAGUCAGCGUAUGUUACUGGAAACGGAUCAUAAUUUUGCGCUUUCAUUUUUCCUGCUCAUUGCGUUCAUUCUCUCCUGGCUCCCGGUGAUUGUGGUGCGAUUUUUGCCGCAAGCGAUGCUUAGUGCAGCGGAUAUGGCAACCGUGGAUUUCGUGUUUGUUUGGCUUGCAAUCGGUGGGCCCUCCUCAAAAUUGCUCAUAUCGUUGUUCAUCAAUCAGGAAUUUCGUACUGCACUUGGCCAAUGUAUCUCUGCCCUGUGUCCAUGUUGCUGCCUGGCAUCGGUCGCCGCCCGUCAAAGGCGACGACUGGAGUACCGAAGUCUUUCGGAACGGAGAAGCCGCUUCAGUUAA